AUGGGUAUUCUGUUCGCGGCCGUAAUCGCCUGCAUCUAUGCAACCGACGUAGCACCAUUCAAACGACAACGGACGGCAAAACUAGCCCGCAACUUCCCGCAGUUUGCACCGGUUGCCCAGCGGAUUCAAAGUCUCGAAAAUCCGAUGUACAACUUUAUUGACCCUUAUGGUCCCGGAACGUACGCAUUCGGCUACGAAGUGGAGGAUCCCCAGAGUGGCAAUGUGCAGUUUCGGGACGAGGAGAAACUGCACAAUGGCACCGUUCGGGGAUCGUACGGGUAUGUUCAACCGGACGGAUCGGUCCUAAUAACGAACUACGUGGCUGAUGGUUUGGGUUACCGGGCGAAAACUGAGAUACGCCGUGCGGAUGGCCAUACGGUGGCAUCGUUCCCGGCCGGUGGCCCUGGAAGUUCGGCCCAGGAUCGUUAUUUCCCCGCGUUCGAGCAACAGGCCAGUACGAUGAAUCCUGCCGUGAUGGCUGCCCUGCAGCAGCAACAGAUCAACCUUAAUCCCACGUACAGCCCGAUCCUCGAUGCGGGCGUCAUUGAUCCUCAGUAUGCGGCAGCCAUCGUCGGUCACCUGCAUAACCAGCAAUACAGCCCUGCCCAAGGUCUGGUACAGUAUCCUUACGGUAUACCGGCACCACCUUCACCACAGCACGCGGCACCUCCAGGGCAUUUGGCACCACAGCACCCAUCCGGAGCACUGUACGAUGCACCCGCCAAUUCCGGAGGCUUCAGUAACUUCAUCAACCAGUUCCCGGCCAAUCUUAACCCUUACAAUCUCUACCAGAACCUACAGACCACCUUCCCGCAGAUCCUGCCGCAGCAGAAUCCGCUCGAUCAGUUCGGUAACUCCCUCCAGAGUGGCUACCAGCAGCUGACGCAACCGAACGGUCCGUUCGGUAACUUCCUCAACAACGCCCAGAAUCCCUUCCAGCAACAGUUUCAACAGUCAAACAAUCCGUUCGGUAGUUGGUUGGGACAGAACCGCUUUCCGUUGGCGGGCGGUGUGCCAGGUGUCCCACUAGGGCUAUCACAGUCACCACAACACCAACAGCUUCUGUCGUCUAACCGGCCAACGAACGUUCUCGGGGACAUGCCAAUUGGACCGGGCGCCUGGGGACCGGGGGGAAUGCAGCACGUUCCGACCACCCGGCGACGCCGUCUGACGGGAACGACCAAGAAGCGCAACAAGCUGAAGACGCGCGACGGCAUGGAUUGGUUCGACGACUUUCUCGAGAAUCGAAAGCGGCAGGUCAUGUACGGUACAGUGACUCCGACUCCCAGUGAACCCGCCGAGGACGAGCUGGCGACGGAGGCGGCCCAGAAUGGCAAGGCUGGCGAUAAGUAG